GAUGGAGCAAAGACACAAAUAGGGGCCGCGCGGUUGCAGGAGGAACAGACACGAUAGGAUUGAACGGCGAUAGGAGGCUGUGGGACUUGAACUAAACGAAAACACAACACUGUUUGUGGUUGUUUAUAUAUCAUUGCUUUUUUCUGAGGAAAACCUUCGAGUGUUCAACCGGAGAACUGAAGACGUUCUGGACAGAAUUACGCGGCGGUUUAUAAUGGUGGAGCCACUGCUGCGUCAAUAACAUCUGAAGCUGACCUGAAAAGCACUCACACAGCACACUGAACAUUGAACAAGAAAGUCUCAAGAUGUUUGAAGAGUCAUCUCAGGAGAUGAGGGCGUUAAAUGCAGGCACUCCCAGCAGCACGAUGUCUUUUACAGAUGAAGCAGUGUCUAUAUUGACAUCAAGCAGUUUGCUUGCACGCUCACUUCUAGGCCGAACAUCAGCACUUAAACGCAAAGAUGUCAGUCCAUCAAGCAUUUCCUCAGCAAGACGCAAGCGAGAGUUCAUUCCCCAUGAAAAGAAAGACGACGGCUACUGGGACAAGCGCAAGAAAAACAAUGAAGCCGCAAAGCGCUCUCGUGAAAAACGCCGUGUAAAUGACAUGGUGUUAGAAAACCGUGUCCUAACGUUACUCGAGGAGAACGCUAGACUGCGAGCAGAACUUCUAGCACUGAAAUUCCGCUUCGGUCUCAUUAAAGACCCCUCAAAUGCUUCGAUACUUCCGCUUACGACAGGAAGCUGCGUCCCACAACCUUCAGCGCAGCAUUACUACCUUCCACGUGGUGACAGCGCUCACCAUACUGGCCCAAUGCCAUCAAAUCAAUCCCCCACACAAAGUGCACCACCAUCCAGCCGAAGCAUCAGAGAUACCAGCAGCAUGUCUGAAGAUUCGGGUUUCUCCACGCCCGGUGGCUCCAGUGUGGGCAGUCCUGUAUUCUUCGAGGACAGAUUAAGCGAUCAUGGAAAACUGUCCCCACAUCGAGCAGAUGAGCUCUGCUAUGAGUCGCACCACUCCCCAUCUGAUCUUUUAGCAGUGGGAAAUCACAACAUGCCAUCCACCAGGCUGGAGUCGAUGGAUGGCAUGAAGAGUUUACCGCACAAGCUACGGUUCAAAUCUCCGGGUGGUGGCGAUUGUGAAAAUCUUGGAGAACGGCAAAGUGCUGCAAUCCCAAUGGCCAAUGCUAGAGUUCACAGCUAUACGCAUGAGGGAGCGGGUUACUGGACACCGCAUGAUGGGGAAGACGCUCGGAAAGUGAUCCAGCAGCAACAUGUGAAUUACAGCCACAACGUGAACGCAAACGAAUCGCAAUAUCAGGCAGAAAACAGCAUGCUGAAAUCUCAGCUCAGCUCUCUCAGCGAGGAAGUGGCCCAGCUCAAAAAGCUCUUCUCCGAGCAGCUGCUCACCAAAACGAAUUAAGACAUUGUAAAGCACUGUUAAAAAUAUCUCUAAAUUAGCACAGUUUUUGUUUUACGUUUAUUUACGGUUGUGAAUUGCAUUGUAGGAUGUUGAUCUCUGCUUUGUCGAAAAUUUAACUCUACAGUUUAACAAAGUGACUUUUAGUGACAUUUUAGUAGUUUGUAAUAAUAUAACGGAUAAGAAAUUAAGGCUGCACAAUAUAUGGUUUCAGCAUCGUUAUCGCAAUGUGAAAUCCGCAAUAAUCACACCGCAGAAUCUGCAAUGUCAGUUUAAGUUAAAUUAUACCUUUUAUUCAUCCAUGAGGAAAUAUGAGUGAGAUUAUAGUUGACCACAAUUAAUUAUAACCUUUAUUUUAUCCGGAAAGACACAUUGAGAUUAAAAAAUCUCUUUUACAAGAGCAUCCUUGCCAAGAUUAGGCAGUAUACACAUCACAUGGGUCUAACAAACAAAAAAACAAUUGACAGUAAACAUGAAUCACACCAACAAACAGACUAUUUAACUACAAGCCUGUGCAUCACUUUCUAAAUCAUUUAUACUCUUUUUAAAGGCAUUUAGUGAAAUCAAUUCUUUAAACUGCAACUUUGUUUGUAGAUUAUUCCAUGCAGAAGGUGUUGUGUAUUAAAAAACCUUUCUUCCCAUCUCAGUCCGCACUUUAGGAACAGACAGUAAAUAUCCUUUAACCGAAGGCCAUAGCUGAGGACAGGUUUUUUUACAAAUGUAAUUCUGGAGAUCUGAUGGAAGUAAACCCAAUAUAGCUUUGUAAACAAAGCUAUGCCAAUGCUUGAGCCUACGAAUGGACAAAGCAGACCAAGCUACCCUAGUAUACAACACACAAUGAUGAGUAAGGGGUUGAAAAUUAGUUAUAAAUCUCCAUGCACCAAUCUAUAGCGCAUGGACUUUGUGAAGUAUAAUCCUAAAAGUGUGAAUGUUUUUCAUUUGCUUUGUUUUUAAGGCCUUUGACUGUAAGAUUUCAAGUGUAUUUAAACCAUUUGUGUAGAAGAAAUCAUAAAAUUGUAAUUAAAGAUGUUUUCAUUUUUAAUAUACAACAAAGACUAUGACAUGUUUUCACGUUUGAUUAUUUAAUUUCUGUACCGGAAUACAGUUCCAGAAAACUGUAAAAUGCAAUACGUUUAAUUAAUGCUAAAUAUUUGUCCUAUGAAAUCAUCCCAAUAAAUAUAAAACUAUCAAUUCUUUCCAAAUUGAGCUUUAUAGAUCCUCUGGUGAAAAAAUAGUCAUAUCGCAAUAUAUAUAUAUAUUGCAGAAAAACAAAACAUUGCAAUGUCAGUUUGACCAAUAUCAUGCAGCCCUAUAAGAAAUAAUAUAUAAAGACAUAUGUCUGUAAAAUAACAGAAAAUGAACUGGUAGUUUAUUACCAGGUUUUCGUACCAUAAUAUACACCAAACCAGACAAAAUAUCACUUUUAACUAUUAAAAAAUGUCAAUAAAAGUCACUUUUUCUAACUUUUCAAGGUUAAAAAUCAAUGCAAGAAAGAUCAAGGUGCCAUAAUGCAAUUCAAAAGCAUAAAUAAACAAGGAAAUAAAUCACAAAAUAUGGGAAACUGCUCAUUUACUGAUGUUUUUACAGUGAGCGUGCACUGGAGCACUGCACUCAUUCACAGUCGAACUCAUGAACAUCCAUGAAUGGAAAGAAAGCAGCAUGUGCGUCACUACCUCUACCACGGUCGGUGUGAUUUCAUCAAGCAGGACUCGAUCUACAUCUGUAAACAACAUUUCAACCAGCCAAUCAGAUUUAAGGGAGAACAUUUUUAUUCAAUGAUUAAUUUUAUCUGAUUUUGGGAAUCAUUUAGUUAGGGUUAGGUUAUGGAUUACAUUUAUUAAACAGGAAUGAUGUUCCAGGAUCAACAUUGAUGUUAACUCACACUGUAAAAAAAUGUGUUUCCUUAUUUUGUGAUUCAGUGUUUAUUUACAGUUUUGAAUUGCAUUAUGGGACCUUGAUCUCCACUUUGUCAACUCUUGAUGUUGCAAAUUCUACUCUACAGUUUAACAGUGACUUUAAUUGACAUUUUAGUGGUUUGAAAUAAUAUAAACGUAUAGGAAAUAAUAUAUAGAGAAAUAAGUCUGUACUGGCAGGUUUAUACCAAGGUUUUUGCACCAUAAUAUACAAAACCAGACAAUAUAUCACUUUAAACAUGUUAAUAAAAGUCACUUAUUGGAACUUCGCAAGGUUAAAAGUAAAUAUUGGAAAGAUCAAAGUCCCAUUACACAAUUCAAAACUAUAAAUAUACCGGAGAAAAUAAAAGCAUGCAUCACAAAAUAAGGAAAACUGCUCAUCUACAGUGCAGGAUUGCAUCCUACUGGGCUGAAAUCACAUCCUCCGCAUCUUCACACUCGGUCAUAACCAAACAGACUUUGCAUUUCCACCUUAUUUUGCAAUUCCCUGUGAAUAUUUGUGACUUUCGACUCAUUAGUCACUACAAGUAAAAUGACUAGCAGAAUAUGAAGUGAUGAAACUGUAAAACCAGUGUGUAGAGCUAAAAUAACUGGAAGCGAAUGAUACCAGAAGCCUCAUACAUUCAAUUUACAAAUGGCUGUACUUGCUCUUAAUCUCAUAACUUGGGUGGAUUUCUAUUUUAUUUGUCUUUUUUUUUAACCACAUCCUUGCAGGAGCAUUCAGUGACAACACCUCACCUCAAUUCGUUCAGUUGCUCGUUUUUCCUCAAACACUGUGAUCUUGUUAACAAAAACAAACGCCUCAGGCUCAGAGCUGUCUAUCACUGUAAGUGUAAAACAAAGCAGAACAUGCUCCAUCAUUCCUCUGAUACGUGCCAACACAAUAUCACCACACUCUUUCUCAGUGAAUGAGGAGAUUCACAAUGAGCCUGAAAGUCUUCACACUGUAACGUUGCUCCUGUGGUUAAACCGUGACUCAUGAAUGAUGUGUAAGAAAUAGAUUUCACAACAUCAGCAAUCCUGAGUAAAGCAGAACAGGAAAUGCCAGUAAAGGGCGAAUAAAAUGAUUAUUUUUAUCAUGAACCGGUAGCAACUCAGCACUGAAUGACUGCUUCACAUUUUAUUUUCCAUCCAGAUCACUGCCAUUGUCCAGACAAGAAGAAUAUCUAAUUGAACUAAACUGUUACUCGCAUUUUAAUGGUGAAUUUUUUUGUUGUCUUGUGACUUCUUGUGUAUUUGUACAGUGAAAAUACAUAUGUUUGUGUGAAUAAAUAUUUGAACUG